AACGCGCAGGACGACCGGGGCUACUCGGCGCUGAUGCACGCGGCGUCGCUGGGCUACGUCAAGGUCGUGCUGGCGCUCUGCGACCCGCUGAACCGCUCGGGCGUCGCCGAGGACAUCGACGCGGACCUCGCGGAGCACGCGACGCGACGGACGGCGCUCCACCUCGCGGCGAUGUGCGAGAUCGAGCAGCCGAAGACGAUCCGGUCCCUCUGCGUCCACGGCAAGGCCGAGGUCUCCGCCAAGGACAAGUACGGCCACACGCCGCUCCACCUCGCGUCGGACCGGAAGAACGUGUCCAUCAUCCGCGCGCUGCUCGACCACAACGCGGACGUCGACGCGCGCGACAUCAACGGCAACACGCCCUUGCACUCCGCGGCGCGCGUCGGCGCGACGGGCGCCGUCAUGGUGCUGCUCCAGUCCGGGAGCCACGUCGACACGGCGAACAAGUGGGGCGACACGGCGCUGCACAUCUCG